AUGUGGUAGCAAGUGAAAAAUAAAUUAUUUAAAAUGAUUUUAAUAUAAAAAAAGAAAUUAGAAAGGAAACAUUUGAUUCUUAUUAAAAUUACAAAAAUUAUCCUUUAAUUUAAAAUUAUAAAAACUCUCCUUAAAGUUAAAAUAAUUAAAAUUACAAAAAUUCUCCUUUAAAUUAAGAUCAUAAUAGUUAUUAGAGCUCAUAUUUUGUUCCUCUCUCUGAAAGAAUAAACUAAGGCUUUUCAUAGCAUUUUUUUAUAUAAAAAAAUAUUUAACAAACUGACACGAACUCUUAAAAAUAUAAUUCACCAAAAAAAAUAAAUAUUGAACACAACCAUUCUAAAAUAAAUGAAACAAAUUACACCAAUAAAGUUUAUUUAAGCAAUUAAAAAAACAAUAAACUUUCACUAUUGA